ACUCUCUCUCUCUCUCUAACAAAUCCUCUAUCUGUGGCUGCAAAACCCUUCUCAAGAUUUCCUUCUUUCUCAAUCGUUUAUCUCUCUCUUCUCUGCCACAAUUUCAACCAUCUACCACUCACAUGUUCCCUCUCUCUCCUCGCGCUCGUUUUCUUCUUGUUAUCUUCUGCAGAUUGUUUUUUCAUGCGACUCAUUUACUCUUACGUGAUAAGGACUGCUAUGGAUUGAUUUGUUAGGCCCUUCUAUUAACCUUUUGCCACGAAAACACCACCCAUCAUGCAUAACUCUUCAACUGUGUCUCAGGAAUCCGGUACCCUCUUCGAUUUCGUGGGUAGAUUGGGUGGUUUUACGUUUAAUGCUAGAUUUUACCCCGGAAAUUCAGAUGGUUGCUCUUCAUUUAAGUCAAAUUACUUGUAUUUUAAUGGGUUUAAGGGCUCAACCGCCAAAAAGAGGCACAGUGUAACAGCUGCUUCACUUAGUUUGAGUGGCAGAAGCAAUGCUUCUUCCAGUAUUAGUAGGAUUGUGAGUGAGUUCAAUAGAGUCAUUAGGUUACAUUGUGAUAGGAUCCCAAUUGGAUUCGCUUCUGUUCGAGUUGGUUCGGACGAUACCAAUGGAUUGAGAGAAGAUGGCAACGCCGGAGUUUGGGUGGAGGAGGGUUUGCCCUUGAAUGGCGUCGAGGCUGAUCACCCAAAAAAAGUGCUGAUUUUGAUGAGUGAUACUGGUGGUGGCCACCGAGCUUCUGCAGAAGCUAUUAAGGCUACCUUCAAUGAGGAAUUUGGGGAUGAGUACCAGGUGUUUGUCACGGAUUUGUGGUCGGAUCAUACACCAUGGCCAUUCAACCAGUUGCCUAGAAGCUAUAACUUUUUGGUGAAGCAUGGACCAUUGUGGAAAAUGACAUACUAUGGAACAGCUCCACGUUUGGUUAAGGGAUUUGUGACUAAGAUGGAGGAGUGCAUGGGUGCUUGUGACUGCAUUAUUACAAAGGCUGGCCCUGGGACUAUUGCUGAAGCAAUGAUAAGAGGGCUGCCGAUAAUCUUGAAUGAUUACAUUGCUGGACAAGAAGUUGGAAACGUACCUUACGUGGUGGAAAAUGGGUGUGGGAAAUUCUCAAAGUCGCCGAAAGAAAUUGCAAACAUCGUUGCUGAAUGGUUUGGUCCAAAAGCAGAUGAGCUCAGGGCCAUGUCACAGAAUGCACUGAAGCUAGCUAGACCAGAUGCUGUUUUCAAAAUUGUUCAUGAUCUUCAUGAGCUUGUUAGACAGAGAAAUUUUGUACCCCAAUAUUCUUGUACAACUUAGCUCUAACAACCGCAUCAAUUUUGAUAAGGUUUCUGUUGGAAUAAUAUAUAUGUGGGAAAAAUAUAAUUCAAUUUCUUUCUUUUUGUCAUUUGUAACUUCAAUUUUACUAAGAUUAUGGUCUCUUGCGAAAGAAAAUAAAAGCAGCUUCUCUCA